GCAGUGUGCACUACACUGCACACAUGGUCUUGAAAAACAGUUUCGCGUGUAUUUGUUUACGAGGUGGAUUUAUUCAUUUUAAAGUUACGUUGCAGCGCUCGUCCGUGUCCAUUGAGCGUGUGCACGCGACGCGUCUGCAGUUCUGAAGUUCACCGCAGCUGUUCGUCCACAUGCUCAGCAGCAAACAGCCAUAUUUGUGCACGAAAGCUUCAUUUAUAAUCACGUCACACUCUCGAGGAAGCAUUUUGUAAACAUAUCGGACGUGCACAAACUUUCUCUCUCGGGGCCAUGUCCUUUAUGGGAACUGCAGCGAGGUGGGCGAUGGCAUGCCGGCGGCCCCUCUCACCCCUCUGCCGUGUCACUGCCCGUUGCUAUAGCUCCCAGUCCACACACACCACGGAGAAGAGCGUCCCUUAUGAGAAGACCCUGAAACAAGAGGACCACCUAAGUGGGCCAACCAAACCCCUGCCAAAGUCUGCAGAUGUUGUGGUGAUCGGAGGCGGAAGCCUGGGUUGCCAGACCCUUUACCACCUGUGUAAAAUGGGCUUGACCAAUGUGGUUCUGCUGGAGAGAGACAGAUUGACCGCUGGAACCACCUGGCACACGGCAGGACUUUUGUGGCAGUUAAGACCAAGCGAUACUGAAGUCGAGCUGUUGGCUCACACUCGCAACGUGGUUAGCUCAGAGCUGGAGCUGGAGACGGGCCUCGAGACUGGCUGGAUCCAAAAUGGAGGCCUGUUCAUUGCUUCCAACAAGCAGCGUUUGGAUGAAUACAAGCGGCUCAUGUCGCUUGGUAAGGCAUAUGGCAUCGAGUCAUAUGUUCUGUCACCAGCCGAGACCAAAGAUCUGUACCCACUGAUGAAUGUCAAGGAUCUUUAUGGCACACUCUAUGUACCUAAAGAUGGCACCAUGGACCCAGCGGGCACCUGCACAACCCUCUCCAGAGCGUCAACCGCACGGGGGGCCACUGUGAUUGAAAACUGUCCAGUGACUGGUAUUCAAGUAAGAACUGAUCAUAUGGAUGUUAAGAGAGUAAAGGCUGUAGAAACUGCUCACGGGACCAUUCAAACCCCAUGUGUGGUCAAUUGUGCAGGUGUUUGGGCGACUAAACUGGGUAAAAUGGCAGGAGUCAAUGUUCCCUUGGUUGCAAUGCACCACGCUUACGUUGUCACGGAAAGAAUCGAGGGGAUUCAGAAUAUGCCCAACGUCAGGGACCAUGAUGCAUCUGUCUACCUCCGUCUCCAAGGUGACGCUCUUUCUGUGGGAGGCUAUGAACACAACCCAAUUUUCUGGGAUGAUGUGUCUGAUAAGUUUGCCUUCAGCUUGUUUGAUCUGGACUGGGACGUCUUCAUGCAGCACAUUGAGGGCGCCAUUAACAGAGUACCUGCUCUGGAACAAACUGGGAUCAAAUCCACCGUCUGUGGACCAGAAUCCUUUACUGCAGACCAUAAGCCCCUGAUGGGUGAGGCCCCAGAAGUGAGAGGAUUUUUCCUAGGUUGUGGUUUCAACAGUGCUGGUAUGAUGCUGGGGGGAGGAUGUGGCAGGGAGCUGGCUCAUUGGAUCAUCCACGGACGUCCUGAAAAAGACAUGUAUGGAUACGAUAUCAGGAGGUUCCACCAUUCCCUGACUGCCAAUAACCGCUGGAUCAGAGAGAGAAGUCAUGAGUCAUACGCCAAAAACUAUUCGGUCGUCUUCCCUUACGAUGAACCUCUGGCCAGCCGCAACAUGAGGAAAGACCCACUUCAUCAGGUACUGCAGGAUCAGAGGUGUGUGUUUCAGGAGAGGCACGGCUGGGAGAGACCAGGCUGGUUUAAUCCAGACGGUUCUGCACCUGUUUUGGAUUAUGAUUACUACGGUGCCUACGAUGUGCCCAAAAACACUGCUUACAAAUACAACGAGCUGCUCGGCAAUGAGUACACCUUUGACUUUCCUCCACAUCAUGACGUGAUUCGCGACGAGUGUGUCACCUGCAGGAAUGCUGUGGCUGUUUUUGACAUGUCUUAUUUUGGGAAAUUUUACCUGACUGGUCCGGAUGCGAAGAAAGCAGCUGAUUGGCUGUUUACAGCUGAUGUCAACAAGGCACCAGGCUCUACAGUGUACACCUGCAUGUUAAACAGCAAAGGCGGAGUCGAAUCUGAUCUUACCGUCAGUCGUUUGGAGCCCGGCGCUGCCCAUCUUCCUCUGACACCCGAAUCUACCGGUGAUGCGUACUACCUGGCCAUAGGAGGUGGUGUGGCCCAGCAUAACUGGAAUCACAUUCAGACAGUGCUUCAGGACCAGGGCUUCCGCUGUACACUGAUAGACCACACUGAAGACAUGGGCAUGAUCAGCAUACAGGGACCCAAGAGUCGAGAGCUGUUACAAGAAGUGUUGGACACAGACCUCAGCAAUGAUGCGUUUCCCUUCUCUACACACAAGAUAGUGAAUGCUGCUGGACACAAGGUGAGGGCAAUGCGUCUGUCAUUUGUGGGCGAGAUGGGCUGGGAGCUUCACGUCCCUAAAGAGUCCUGUGUGCCCGUGUACCACGCCGUCAUGGCCGCUGGUGCUAAACACGGUGUUUGUAAUGCAGGAUAUAGAGCCAUUGACUCCUUGAGUAUUGAGAAAGGUUACAGGCACUGGCACGCAGAUCUGCGGCCUGAUGACACUCCUCUAGAAGCAGGUCUUGCAUUUACCUGUAAAAUGAAGAGCUCCAUUCCGUUCCUGGGUCGAGAGGUGCUGGAGGCACAAAAGGCGAAGGGCCUGCGCAGACGAAUCGUAUGCUUCACAAUUGAUGAAAAAGUGCCAAUGUUUGGUCUGGAGGCAAUUUUCCGCAAUGGCGUUCCUGUGGGCCACCUGCGACGCUCUGAGUUUGGAUUUGCAAUCGACAAGACCAUUGGCUAUGGUUAUAUUCGCAACCCAGAUGGUGGAGUGGUGAGUCCUGAUUUUAUCCGCAGCGGAGAAUUCACGCUGGAGAGGAUGGGAGUCACAUAUAAGGCCACAGCCCACUUGAAAUCACCUUUUGACCCGGAGAACAAGCGUGUUAAAGGAUUUUACAGUUCUGUGCUGGAUGAGACUGGUGUGCACAAAGCCAGAAUGUAAUAGAUCAAGAAUAAGUUCUGGAAAAUGUCCUUUAUCCAACACAUACUGUCAUGACCAUCAGCAUUCCAGGUAUUAUUCUGUCUUUUCUGUAUUUAUUUUCAAUGUCUUAAGUCAUCUACUGUAUUGGAUCAUUGAAUACAGAACCGUGAAUGGGAAUAUUAGAAAUAACCUGGUGGCAGUGUUAUCACAAUCUGUGCCUUGAAGGAAAAAUUCAGCUACAAAGUUAAACAUGCUUAGCACAUGUCAUGCUAGACUUUCUAUACAAUAAAAGUGACUGACAUGCAUUUUGUGUUUCUAAGAAAAUCACAAUAUUUAAAUGAUGACAUUUUCAUUCAUAAGUGAACAAUUCCAUUCGUUUUUACAUUAUUUUUCAUUUCAUUGUGCACCUUUUGGAUAGGUAUUAACCUCUUUGUAAAUUUGUGAAACCGUCAAUUACUUUUUGGUGAGUGUUUUCAUGGAAUAGCUUUAUAUUAAAGAUGUUAAUCAAAGGUUGAAAAUGCGAAAAUGUAAAAUAAUAUAGUGGUGUAAUAUACUAUCAUCUCUGUUCAAUGAACUAUCAAAUAUAUGUAACAAAUAUGUAAAUGUUGUUGUGUCAAAUGCAUAAUAUAAAAGUCUGUUUACAUGUUAAAUAUGAUCUUGUGUUAUGUGUUUUCUAGAAUUGUAUUCUAUACAGAAGCUUAAAAUGAAUUAUGCAUGUUGGGUUGUGAACUCAUUCUCUCCCUCAUGUACUGCGACUGUGAAAUUACCAUUUUACAGAAUUUUUAACUUGCUUGCUCAUUGGCCGUUCUAGUAUUCUUUCUGAAGUUUGGCUCUAAGCUGUCGGCUGUUGAAUUCCAUCUGUUGUACAAACGGACUGUGAAUUUGCUUCUGUGUAAAUAAAUGAAGACUGUCAUA